GUUGGCCUCGGCCUGCGCGCCGGCACUCUGUAGCCUGCCGCGCUGCUCUGCGGGGGCGUGUGCCUGGUCGUAUCACCGAGCGCAGGGCCCUCCUGCCUUUCGGCCUGUAAUGGGACACCGGCUGGGUGGCGAAAGGCAACUGCUAUUGUGGUGGGGCGCCGCGGUUGUGGGGCGACCCCGCUUCUUCCUUUCCCGAGCAGGCGAUAGAGCGAGGCUGGAAAGAUGAGCAACGUGGGCAAACGGCGGAGCGCCUCGCAGCCGACCAGCUUAAGCAUUUCGAAACGGAGAUGGCGAAGCGCUACACAGGCAGGAGCCCCGUCAUGCCCGGCGGAUUCCGCAGGCGCGCAGCGUCGAUGCCUCUGCUUGCGCUGCCAGUCACGCGCGGGGGCCAGCGGCUGAGGCUUAUCGGGGGCCCUCCAGGCAGGCGGCGGCGCUUGGCGGCAGCCAGUCUUUAGCGUUUUCAAGGAACACGCCUGGGGGAGAUGCCGAGUAUACUGGAAGAAAACGCCCCCCCGCGCCGUUUGGUGCGCGAGCAGGCGAGAGCGCAUGGCCGUUUUCCUUGGCCGCUGGUUGUGACCCAGGUGGCCCGUUCCUUCGCGGACUCCGCAGCUUGGCAGGAUUCUUUUGGCCCUUUCUUUACUCGACAACAGGGGGCGAAGCAAACAAAGAGCCCACGCCAAGCAUGCGGCGGCAGCGCGGCGGGGCUGGCGUCGUGUGGAGUUGCCGGGCCGGGGGAAGCCGGAGGCCAGUCCAAACGCGUGCGCUUUCUACAAGGCGCGGGGCAGGCACCAAGGCCCGGGAGAUGUUGCGGCCGGUUUUGGGGGCAAUAUAUCACGGGCGGGCAGAGCCGCAGAGCGCAGCCGCCGGCCAAGGUUUCCGGCCCCGGAGGUAGGAGGAAGAGCAGCAACAGGCGACAAACAGCGCGCAGACAAUUCAUUGCCAGCGACCGGCACCAGAUAGACAACCAGCAGCAGCAGAGGGGGGGCGACCGCGAUCCCUGCGCGCUUUGUAAUAAGUUCAGCCCGGUCGCCCCCGCCGGCGCCUUGCAGUUGGGGCGCGCCAUUUUCCCCGCUCCCCGGUGGUGGCACUGCCGGCCGCCGGCGCCGUCCGUCGUCUUAAUUCUGUGCCUGGGCUGGCCGAGUUGUGGGGCCACCGUCGCCGCGCGCGCCGCGCCGCUUUCUUGCACUCCGUCCUGGGCCGGGCGGCCGGCGCCAUGCUUGGUUGCGUGUUGGUUGCGACCCCAGCCAGCCUUGUGUCGCGAAGCCUCCCUGCCCCCUCCCACGCUAGGUGGGCCGCGCUAUGAUCGGUUCCGAGCGUGGCGUCCGCCCGGUGUGCCGCCGCCCGUUCCUGCCGCGUUCCUUUCGCUGCGUGCUGCAUUUUCCGCGGGCCUUCGCGCCGUAGAACAAGAAGUGACUUCAGUGCAGCUACAUACCCAGACUACUCAGGCGUAG